UUAUUUCUUCCAGAGUCUGGCUGCAAUGUGACACAAUGUUCUUGAGAGUCAGGACUGAAAAUUAUCAUCUUGUUUCCUCAUAAAUACAGUAUUUUUCACAAAAGUACCAGAAAACAUGUGUCUUCUUACUUGUCUGCCUAAUGCAGGUCCAGGAUUGCAUUGAGCAUAAUGCUUUUGUUGUACAGCUACAGAAUUACAGAGUAUUAGAAGUUUGCAUAAAGCUUCGUUGCUCCUCUGGUUUAUUCCAGUUGACGAGUAGGAAUUGGUUUGAAGGUGUUUUGGAAGAGGAGGAAGAGAGUUUAUCAGACACAGUUUCAAAAAGAGUCUGCUCACUGGUAAAUCUUCACCCGGUCUUACAUGUUGAUGUAUGCAUUCAGAUCGGAGAAAUAGUCAUUGACUCAUCUCCUGGCAAGUACCAGUACAUAGCAAGGAUAAUGCCUUUCUUUUCUAAAAAUACAUGAGCAUGUAUGGACUCGAGGUGAGAUUGAGUGAAGACGUACUUUCUCCAAACAAAGAAUUACGGUAUAAAGCUAAAGGGUUAAGCACUGCCGCACAGGAGGAAGCUUUGGUACUCAUAUAUUGAAUUAACAAGCCUUUUUCUUUGUUCCCGGUAGGAAAAUCUACAUCCCUUAGCACGAAAAUAAAUUAGAGAAUAUAUUUCAGGAACCACUGUAUAUUUUGAGCAGUGUGUGUUAUUGUAAUGGCUACAGCCCUGACCAGACACCCUCAGACAUCAAACUGCUGCAUCUGUCUGAUGUGCCAUUUGAUGCACAUAUUGAUGUGCAGUCUGACUGCUCCUCUCUGAUGUGCAAUUUCCCUUUCCUAAAUUAAAUAAUUUAAAGGCUACUGAAAAGCUAUUCUCAUUACCUCUGAUGUUUGCUAAUGUCUUGGAGCCUGUUCGUAAUAACUCUUAAACAAAUCAUAGGAGUUUUGCAACGCUGCCCACGAAGAACCUCCUGACAUUAUCAGUGAUUUCUCAGGCGUUUGCUUGAUGCUAUGUGUAACCUAUGUGCGUCUGAAGGCCUGCACAAUCUGAUGGGACCCACAUGUGGUGUUCUGUGUCUGUCUGGUGGAAAGUACGUACGUUCAGCCAGGUUAGCCACGUCCAGCCUGAUAGCAUCUGGAAGUACAACUGGCCGUGGUUUUAACAGAAAAGCAUUUAGGUCUAUUUCAGUAAUGUCUGCAAGUUCAGAAGGUUUGGGUACUGGGCUUAUUUUUAAAGGAAAGGAUACAUUUCUGCGGUAGACUAAUUUCAUUUCUUUACAUUGGUUCUAAGAUACUUUACCUGUAAUAUAUCCAAAAUAGGAAAAGCUUUUUUUUUUUAAUCUUCACAAUUAACUCUAAAACUAAAACCCGUUUUGUCAUUUUACAUGCUAAAUAAUCGUAUUCUGCUUGUUAUACAGAAUAACUACUUCUUUCAAUGAGUAAACAUCUAUCUGCUAUAUCAUCAAAACCCUAAUUUAAGCUGUGGUAUGCAAGUGCUCCUGGCCUUCCUUUCCUUCUGGCAUUUCACUGGUGCCCUCACCAUGGCAACUGAAAGCUUCAAAACCACUUUUUUUUUUUUAAAAGGCCAUGAAAAGCCAUGAUUGCCCAGCUAUCCUGUAUGGAGGCUGUGUGGUCACUUUGUUAUUGCGUUCUGGGGGCCUGUGGGGCACAGCAGCUGCCUGCCUGCUGAAUAGGGUCAGGGUGGAAAUGGGAGAGGGUGCGUAAAUUUACUUGGCAUAUACACAAAAUAGAAUUAGAUGUAUUUCAUAAUUCUACUAUGCAAGCAAAAAGUAGUCAAAUUUAUGUACGAGGCAAUGAGCUGAAUGGUUGAAACACACAAAUGCCUGGCUAUUGGCAUUUAAAUGCCUGGUUUACGUUUUGAGCUUACCCAGGAAUGUUUCUUGUGGCUCAUCAAGGUGCAUUGAGCGUGCCCUGGCCAUCUUUGCCCAUGAAACCCGUUUGGUUUGAGGCUGAGAAGCAGCUUGCUCGCAGGAUCUCAUUGUGCUUUGCUUUCUUUCUGUGCUGGCUGGGAGGGCGUAUCAGGCCCCUGCGGCCCCGCAGGGCGAUGCUGGUUCAGUGCCGCUGUUGCAUAACAGCAGUAAUUCAGUUGUGCCUGUGUGUAUCACAAAAUCGUUUUCCUUACGCUUAGGUUAAACGUCCUUCUGUCCCUUGUCUGUCCUUCCUGCCCCUACGUGUGCCUGCCCCGGCCGGUCCUGCCCAACCCGGUCCCGCUUGGCGGCUGCCUUAGCGUGCAGGGUACGGGCGGAUUUUGCUCCUCGUAAACAAGCAAACAAACCCACACUCGAUUUUUUUCUGGCUAUGUUUUUUUUUCCAAACCAUCAGGACAGAAAUGAGGGAUAGUUUUGUAUAUUUACUUUUUCCCCAGGUUUUCCAUUUGUCUGGCUUGCUUUGCUCUGUAUCGGAUGAACAUCCAGUGUUUUCACAACACCGCUCCCUUUUGAGGCAGUUUAUUUUUUUAAAAUACCAAAGUCCAUUCAGUUGCUCGUGCGUUUCAGCUUACACUGCUCUUUCCCCAUAAGUUCAGAAGCCCUGUGGGUCCUUCAGGAGCAUGGCCCGCUGCUGGCAGGGAAGGGCUGCCCGUCUCCUCUGUGCCUUGGGGCCUCUGCCUGGACCAGCCUCUCGUUCUGCAGCUCCCUCGUCUGGCUUCGGGCGUCUCUGACAGCUUCGUGGCUUUCUGCUGGGGAGGUGUGGACGUUUCCCUUACUCUCCUCUCAUUGAAACGUUUUUAUUUUUUUAAUCUGUGCUAUUUUGCUCUGUUAUGUUAGAAAAGAAAGUUACCUUUGACUCCUCUCUUACUCCCAUGUUGCUACUUUCCAUUUAGUUUGAACUCAGGCUUUCAUUAGAUAAAAGUGCCAAUGUUUUCCAGAUUGAAUAAAUAUACAUAUAUUUUUAUUUCUAAUCUUCCUGUUGUUGAGCUGCUUGGGUUUGGGUUUUUGUUGUCGGGGGGGUGGUACAGAUCCUGCUGUAACUGCAGCACCAUGUCCUUUAGGUUAUUCAAGUCAUUCAGCAGCCAGGUCUGCCUGCCUUCUGCCUGAUGAUUUUUCUACGGCCCUAUAUGUAUUUAAAGUUACUAAAUGUAAAUAUCACUUGAUCUGCCUUAAUUCUACAGGAAAGCAAUAGGGAGCUGUAAAAUAAGAAGCGUUGUAAUGAAACCCACCGUUUUUCUUCCAUUCACUGGUGUUGUGAAUUCUGCCACUGAAGGCAUCAAGUCAGUCUGGUGAGCAAGCAGGGGUUGCCACUGCAGUACAGGUAAUGAGUGGCAGUUAAAAGGACCUACAUAGCUCUUAGCUGUGCUCACUUUUAAGUAUUUUUUUUUGACAUUUUCUUCUUGGAGACAGAAAAUGUCUCCAUAUUAUAAAAAUAUCUCCGUUUAUAAAAAUAAUCCUGUGCUUUAGCAUGAGUUCCUAGCAGCGCCUGGGAACUCGUAGAGAGCAGUGGCUGCUGGCUGCAGGAGGCACCUCGUGCUGUGCUCUGGUCCGAGGGUACCUUUGUACCCCUCCUGCAGGCGUUUCUUUGGAAGCAUGGCCCCAGCUGGGAUGGAACAGGAAAAACCAGCCCAUACUGAGCUGGCAGCGGGACGCUUCUUGUCCUUCGGGUCGCUCAGGCCAGUCCAGAUACCCACACACCUCAUUGCAAGUGAAGAGAUCAUCGCAGCUGUAUACUAUACCCCAGACUUAUUAAUAAGCCUGUUUGUUUCUGCAUCAACACCAAAGCCUCUCUUACUAUUUUUUUUAACUCGUAGAGCUAACAAACACUUGUUGCUCUUAUCUCCUCCUUGCAAGCCUUAACUCAGUGGCGGUUUUUUGCGGCCAGCUCCACCCUUCCCCACUCAGGCACGGGUUGUUUGUAUCUGCACGGCGGGCUGGAGGCAGCCUGGUGCAGAGCUGUUUUCGCCAGCUGCUCUCGGUGAAGCCCUUCCUCCCCGGGCAGCCGCGAUCGAGCACCAGAGAUAGGCUUUUAGAGAAGAUCUGGAAUGCCUUAUUCAAGAACAGAUGAAGAAGGGCAAUAACCCAACCGGACUGCUUGCGUUACAGCAGAUUGCUGAUUACAUUACAGCAAGCUCUUUUGCAGGCUUUUCCUCAUCUUCACUCAGCCAUGGAAUGGUUACCCCUAUCAAUGAUCUACCUGGAAUAGAUACCUCCUUGUUUGUCAAGGGAGAAAAACUUACUCGUUGCAAGUUAGCCAGUUUAUACAGAUUGGCUGACUUGUUUGGGUGGGCACAUUUGCCAAAUGCCUAUAUCACAGUCAGAGUAAGCAAAGAACAUGACCAUAUUCUAAUCAUUCCAAGAGGUCUGUCCUUUUCUGAAGCUUCAGCUUCCAAUUUGGUUAAGGUAAACAUCCUAGGAGAUGUAGUUGACCAGGGGAGCACAACUCUAAGUAUUGACACGGCAGGAUUCAGUCCGCACGUGGCCAUCUACUCCACGCGCCCUGAUGUCAGGUGUAUAAUACACAUACACACCCCUGCAACAGCAGCUGUUUCAUCUAUGAAGUGCGGCAUCCUUCCAAUAUCUCAAGAGGCUCUGAUUUUGGGAGACGUUGCGUAUUACAAUUAUCAGGGAUCUCUUGAUGAACAGGAAGAGAGAAUUCAGCUUCAGAAAGUUCUUGGACCCAGUUGCAAGGUAUUAGUCUUGAGAAACCAUGGUGUGGUAGCACUAGGAGAGACACUGGAAGAAGCAUUCCACUAUAUUUUCAAUGUGCAACUGGCCUGUGAAACACAGGUGCAUGCAUUAGCUGGAGCAGGUGGGAUAGACAAUCUCCUACUACUGGAUCUGCAGAAGUUCAAGCCUUCCACACAUGCUGUGGCAGCAGCUGGAGGAGGUGGAGUUAAUAUGGCUUCGCAACAGAAAUGGAAAGUUGGGGAACAGGAGUUCGAAGCACUCAUGCGGAUGCUGGACAACCUGGGAUACAGAACUGGCUAUGCCUAUAGGCAACCGUUAGUCAGGGAAAAGCCCAGACACAAGAGUGACGUUGAGAUCCCAGCCACUGUGACUGCCUUUUCCUUUGAAGAUGAUGCAGUCCCGCUGUCCCCGCUGAAAUUCCUGGCGCAGAAGCAACAGAGGGAAAAGACAAGAUGGCUGAACUCCCCCAACACGUACUUGAAAGUGAAUGUGCCUGAGGAGUCCUGGAAUGGAGAAGCCAGUCCUAGGACCAAGAUCACGUGGAUGAAAGCUGAUGACUCUUCGAAAACUAGCGGAGGAACGCCAAUCAAAAUUGAAGAUCCAAACCAAUUUGUUCCUUUAAACACAAACCCCAGUGAAGUGCUGGAAAAGAGAAAUAAGAUUCGGGAACAAAACCGAUAUGACCUAAAGACAGCAGGACCGCAGUCUCAGCUGCUCGCUGGGAUCGUUGUGGAUAAAAAGCCAAGUCCACCAAUGCAAUUUGAAGAUGAUGAGCACGCACCACCAGCACCACCCAACCCAUUCAGUCAUCUCACAGAAAAAGAACUGGAAGAGUACAAGAAAACAAUUGAGCGAAAGCAGCAAGGGUUGGAAGAUGCUGAACAGGAAUUAUUCUCAGAUGACGGUUCAUCUGUGUCACAAAUUCAGUCACAAACUCAGUCCCCGCAAAAUAUCCCAGAAAAAUUAGAAGAAAAUCAUGAAGAUUUCUAUACCCAAAAUGCCAACCUAAUAUCUGUGGAGCUACCCGUUGUGGUGGUGAACGGCAAGGAAGAUGCACAUGAUGUGGAAGAAGACCUCACCAAGAGGGUCAGUCAGUUAACCACUAGUAGUACUGUGGAGAGCGUAGAGAUUACCAUUAAAAGCUCUGAAAAGAUAGAAGAGGCCCUGUCCCCUGAAGGGUCACCUUCCAAAUCCCCGUCAAAGAAGAAGAAGAAAUUCCGGACCCCGUCUUUCCUGAAAAAGAAUAAAAAGAAGGAGAAAGUAGAAGCAUAAAUGCAGUUCUGUUGUGAGGAGAUGUUGCACAUUUUAAACGUUUAAGUUGACCAUUAACAGAGUAGUGUUAGGGGUGUGCAGUAACUGGACUUUUUAACCUAAACAAAAAGGAACUGGAAGAGGUUUUGCUUUAAACAAAACGAAAAAACACCACCACCAAAAAAAAAAGACUUUCAUGUUAAUUAAAAUGAAUUCAUCUCUCACAUAACUGAGUCCAAAAUUGCUACGAGGGUUUGAAACAUUCAUUAGUUUUGUGUAGAACUACACUGUCAGGUGCUCAAAUACCAUCAUAGCAAGAUCAAAUACCAUCGCAGUAUGCAGCAGCAAAUUCUGCUUGGAGUAUUUUGCAGACCUUACAAUUUUCAGUACAGUAAAGUCUUUAAUAAAGUUACUUAGAGUGAUCGCAUGAGGGUUUUUUAAAGAAAAAAACACCUGCUUUCUCAAUUGGUAACCAGGUCAUGCAUUUUUGUAUUGUGAUUUUAUGACCAUAUAUUUUAUGUUUCUGUACCCCUGUUUGAGUGGGUGCAUAUUAACAGCACACCUUUAAAUCUUUUUUUAAGAUUAGAUCAUGUAGAAAUAUUAUACACUGGCACAUAAUAUUAGGGGAAGAACUGUGUAAGAGAAAGUUUAUUUGGAAUUAUACAAAAUGUCUAAGAAUUCCAUUCAUCAAUAACUUCUUUGCCAAAUACUUCAUUUUAGUGAAUUAUAAUUUUUGAAGACUUCUUUUUUAUUCUAUCAGUUGGGGGGGAACCCUUAUUUUUCAAGGAGGGGGGGGGUUUAUACGCUUAACAUUGAUAAUUUAGUUUAAGUGGCAAAACAAAAAAGAUUUUAUAUGUUCAAAUGUUUCUAUACCAUUCAGUAUAAAAGUAUUAUAGGCAUGUGAACCAAGCAUUUAAUAGUAGAGUGUAUUUAAGAAUGCUUGGUUUAGAAUAUACUUAAGUAUAAUUCAGGAAUCCAGGGAGUUAGAAAUCAGAAAGAAAAACAUACAAAAUUAUCGAACUGGAUUCAUGUUUAAAACUUAGUGUUGGGUUUUUUUCCUCAUGGUAUUGCUAAUGAAUGAAGAAAAAUAAUCUCUUAACAUAACCAAAUGAAGGAAACAAAACUGUUAAAAGGGAAAGUGAAAUAGUAAGAAAAUAGGAGGAGACAAAGAAAGUAAAAGUUUGGUGAUUAUUUUUUUUAAAUAUAUGAUAUGGAUUGUGGGAUAUUUUUAUUAAAUCAGCAAAGUGACAUUUCCAUAUUAGAAGUUUUAAAUAAUUUGUAUGGAUUCAUGUGGAGUGUAACGCUUUUUUGUUGUUGUUGUUCCUUACUUUCAUUUGAAUUGUAAAAGGGUCUCGUGAGUCUGUGUUGUCCUUUGGAUGAACCCAGAGCAAAUCAGAGCCUAGUGCCAUGGGUAAGGGUAGUACUGCCACUUACUCAUUUUUACUGAUAUUGUCAUCUUAUUACUUUUACUGUAUUGUAAAUACAAACUAAGCAUAGAAAUUAACAUAGUUUUCUUCACUGUGUCAAACUGUCUGUAAAUCAGUCAUCACAGUAGGACAUACAUUUGAAAGAUCCAUGUGAUUCCCAAAUUGCCAGUUGAAAUACUAUACAGUAUAUAAUUGUUAAAUAUGGCUGGAGAGUGGUUUGGCAUGCAAAAAUGUUGAUUAUAGCAUGUUCGGGGGCUGGUUAGCUUUGACCGUGUAAGUGUGAUAAUGCAAUGUUGGAAUGGAUCCUGGAAACAAUUUUCUAGCUAUCACUAAAUACUGGAAUCCGUGUUUUUAAUCAUAGUGGAAACUUUCAGUUGCUUACUUUGGUUUUUUUUUUGUUGUUGUUCUACAUUAUUUGUGUUGUAUUACAACAUAUGUAGAAACAGUAACCUGUGAACUACGCUUUUCAUAACUUUUUUAAAAAUAUAUCUAAAUGAAUGCAAUGUGCAUAAAUAUUUUUUAAAAUGCAACCGUGAACUAUUUGCACCUUUUGCUAAUGCCUCUAUUUACUUGCUUUGGCAUAAAGAAUGAGCCAGCCAACUCUUGUGUCCUGUGGAAAAUAUAUAAAUGUUAUCUGAAAUUGCUCAUAGAUGUAAUGCUAAUUAAUGUUAAAUCACAAAUAAACAGUAUUUUAAAUAGA